GACACACAAAAAAAGGACGCAGAAGGACAACAACGAAUGUGCACAGACGCAGACAUCAGCUUCCACUUUCUGAGGCGGCUACACUUGUCUCCUCCAAAAUGCUCCGCCUGCUGCUCUACUUGACUGCAGUCGUCCGUUGUAGCAGCUCCAUGCAGCUCUGCCGAGGAGAUAACCAGUGCGCCCUGUGCACUGUGACCGGCCCCGCUGUCGUUGACGUCCACGGCCAGCUUACCUCUGUCCAGGACCGCUGUGCAUACACUCUGAUGAGGACCCCCUCGAUCCCAGACUUCCAAGUGUUUGCAAACUUUAAGGAACGCCACCGCAAAGACGUCAGUUUUUUGGACAGCGUGAUCCUGCGGCUGGACAAAUCAAGUGUUAGUCAUAUUAAUCUGGAACAAGGCGGCAGGGUCCUGCUGGACGACACCGUGAUGACGCUCAACGCCACAGCUCAGCUGGUUCAUGGUGUGCAGCUCUCAAAGGACUUGACCGGCGUGACAGCCAAGAUGUCCCAACUCAACCACACCGUGUCUGUCUUCUUUGAUGGCUACACUGCACAGAUACACAUUACAGGUCCGAGUGGAGAAGAUCCAUCUGUCGAGGGUUUGUGUGGCAACUCCAGUGUGUCUUUAAGGGACGUGAGGCUCUCUGACUACAGUCCUGACAGCUGUGAGACGCUCCACAGAGAUGCCACUAACUGUACGAUCGAUUGCAACACAAUGACUCAACGCUGUAAUCUCAUGAAGGAAACGCCCUUUGCAGCUUGUCACAGCCACAUAAAGCCAGAGCCGUACGUCGCUGCCUGCACCGACACUUUGUGCAAAUAUCCCGCUGUGGACGACCUCAACUGUCAGUUUCUGGAGGCCUAUUCCAGAGCAUGCAGCCUGUACAGUGAUGACGCCCUGGACGGCUGGAGGUCAAAGGCCAACUGCUCUGCUGGCCCUCAGGCUUUCUGUCAGGACCGAUACUGCAGUUCUCAUGAGUUCUGCGGCAAGAACAGCGUCACUGGUGAAACCCGUUGCUACUGUCGGACCAUAUUUGCCUCAACGUACACAUCUGAAAACAGUCUGGGGGAUCCCGUGGUCUGCAAUGGCUCCUCUCAUUCGGUCGCUCUGGUUGGAUGUCUCUUGGAAGAUAAAGGCAUCCUCUACUCGGACUUACACCUCUACGACACGACCUGCAGAGGCGAGAUGGACGACGACACCCACAUGGUGACCUUUAGCUUUGACAGCAGCUCUAAGCCUUGUGGUACGAUGAUAAGGAUGAACGACGACAGCGAAAUCAUCAACAAGAAUAGCAUCCUGGUGGGGGCGACCGGCGCAGAGUUGUUGGACCUCGUCUGUCCUUUUUUCCUACCAGAGACAAUCAUCGAUUUUGCAAUGGCCCUCAAAAUCAUACCAGGCAGCAGCAGUAGUACUUCUGUCCAAUAUGUCACAACCGGAGUUUGGAACUACACUCUGACCAUGGCGGCCUACACCGACGCAGGCCGUACCCAGGCUGUGGAUUCAAACACCGUGCUCCAGCUGAACCAGAGGGUCUGGUUCGAGAUGAUGACGCACGGCCUGGAUAAUAAGACCGUCGCUCUGGUAACAGACUCCUGCUUCGCAACCAACGAACCUUCAGUCAGUGCGACUCUGAGAUACGACCUCAUCAUGUCUGGCUGUGCAAACCCUGCUGAUGAAAACGUACUGGUGGAGAGCAACGGAGAGGGAGCAUUCAACUACUUCUCCUUUAACAUGUUCCAGUUCACCGGGAAAACCGGUCGUGUUUACCUGCACUGCAGACUGAAACUCUGUCUCAUAAAGAACGACACGUGCACCCCGGUACAAGAAGAGUCUGGAUCCUCCCAUCCUUUGCCCAGCAGAAAUUCUUAAAUGGCUCAAACAAACCAGAUAAAAUAUGACCUGUUGUCUUUGAUACAGCUAAGCUCGCAGUUUCCCCCUGCUUUCAGUCUUUAUGCUAAGUUAACCUUAGGAUUUCACCCAAUACUUUUCGCUUUCCAUUUUCCAUCGUUGUUUUUCACCGACUGCUGGAUUGGGGCUAAUCAGGUAAUAAAAACAGGUCAGUUCAUGAGUUCGCUGUGGUUCAUUGAGGGAAACUCUUCCUGCUCUGAAAAGUAGCUGGUUUAUGUAACAGUCAAGUCAAAUUUAUUCUACCUUCAAAUACAGACAACUGAGCUCAAACUGUGUCCAUAACCCUUUAUAGGGCGCAGAACCAUAUUUGGUACCAUUUUAAAUUGUGUCCUUGUGCCUCUCAAUGAGGUUUAGAAGCAUGUGGUUUUCACCAACCAAUCAGAGACGAUCAGGGAAACAUUCUCAGCUCAAAUCAUGUGGUCUACAACAUCCACCUCUGUAUGAACACUGAGUGAUUUAACUGAUUUAUUAGGUACCAUGAAGAAGUCUCCUAAUGUUGUCUAAUGUGCUUGAAUCAGCACUUAUGAUCUAAUGGUAUAAAUACAUGAUUAAUUUUUUUUUUUUACCACUUAAGGCACAUGAACCAUAUAUGGUAACUUCAUUGACACUGAUUUCCAACAUGAAAAUUAUUAUUAUUUUUUUUAAAUGUCACAAAAGUAAUAAGGUCAGUGGUUGAAAUUUUGAAUUUCAGUCGGUCUCCUAUAAAGAGUUAAUGAUGCUGAGAUGUGCUGUAUCACUUUA